GAUUAAAAUUUAAUUGUCUUCUAAUCGAAUUGUUGUGUGUUUAUCAACGUGACUACAACAAGCGAUUUUUCUAAAAAGAAAAAAAUUUUUUUUUUUUUUUAAUAAAUUAUUAUCCUUUCCUAAGGAGGAAUUUUUCUGUUGUAUCACGGAUUAGUGGGAUUUUUAGGUUUGCGAUUUCUUUAUUAAAACCCCAGAAUGAUUGAUUCAAAGAGAAAAUUACCCAAGUAUACUUCAGAUGCUUUCGGUAAUGUCGAAUAUGAGCUGCGUAUAACAUAUACAUUGGAAACUGAUCGUCGCGUAAUGAGUUUUGUAGAUUCGUUAUGGGGCAUUGAAGUUUCAGGUGGCGUAGAUCAGUUUGAACCGUUGACUAUUAUCAACUUAAGACCCACAGGUUUGGCACGUCGAGCAGGCAUGCGAAUCGGCGAUGAAAUUACACAAAUUAAUGAUACUCCAGCUUUGGAAUUAACGUUUAACGAGGCUUUGGAUUUAUUCCGAAGUUCCGGUAGAUAUGUGCGUGUAUACGUUAGAGGUGACGUCGACGAUGAUGGCGAAGAGGAUUGGACUUGUGAUUAUUGGUUUAGACCCAGAAUACCUUGGAGGCGUGAUUUCAAGCCCAUACAAUUUGAAUUCCCUUGGAAUGAUCGUCGUAAACCGAUUUACAAGGAAUCGAACUGUUUUAUGGUUCCCUCGCGGAUGGAAGAGAAGAUACGUUUGCGUCGUGCCGCCACUUCAGCCGUUAAAAAGAAGGAAGAGUUAGCUCCUCAUACCAGAUCUCUAACUCCUUCGCCCAGACCCAAGAAUCAACCGGGUCCUAACUUAUUUGAUGAUAAAUCAAAAGCUCGCAAUUUGCUGCCAUAAUUGAAAUCAAAACUUAUACGAUCUCCUUAAGAGUAUUUUCGACAACUCGAAAACACAAAGACAAUGAAAAGAAAUGGUUUUGAAUUUGUGGAAAAUCGCAACGAUUUGCAAAAAAAUAAAUCCACUAAUUUAGUGGUUGAUUUUUUCCUAAAAAUUUUUGCAUGAAGCAAUAUACGAUACAGAGGGAACUGACCAAGAUUAACGAGGAAUAUUGAUUCCUCAACACUUUAGAUAAUUAAGAAGAACCGCUAUCAUCAUGAAGUAAUACGGAUAAACUAGAAAAGACUGGCUUUUUAUAUUUCAAAGAAAUAUUAUUACUUUACUAGAAUAGAACUUUUGGGUAAAGACUGUAAGCUAAACAAAUAAAUUACAGAAUUUUAUAAAAAUCUAAACUAAAAAUUAUUGUACUUUGAAACUUGA